GGUGUCUGUGACAUCAGUGGCAAAGCAGCAGAGGUGACACCUCCAGCAGUGCAAGUAGGCCCCACUGUCACAGGCACUGCUCCCAGUGCCAUGAUGGCCUUGUGGGCUCAUCUGGCUUUGUCUGUGCUCUUGGGCUGGGGCUGCAUGGCCGGCCCUUGGGGCACGAAGGCACAGCAGCCAGGAACACCACUCUCUGACCAGGAAUACCAUCACUUCUUCAAGUUCCUGCAGAUCACCAUCCAAGCCAGAACUGCCUGCCAACUUCGUGAGCUGUAUGGCUGCAUGAACUCACUGGUCCAGAAACUGGAUCAGUAUGAAAACCACGGAGUCAUCCCUCCAGGGCCCAUAUGCUCCGAACUGCCAGAAAAUUCUUCCUUCCACAACUUCUGCACCUUUUCUCUUUAUCGCUGUAUUAUGAAAAAGUAUUUCCUUAAGAGGAUUGCAUGCCCAGGACACAACAGAACCAAGCAGCAUAGCCAAGCAGGCAUCACCAUCAUCACAAGCAGUGAUGCCAUGUCAUCCAGCAGCUCUGGUCCCCAGCCAGUCCUCACAUCCCCCACUGCUGGCUCUGGACCUGGCACAGAAGCAGCUGUGAUCCCCACCUCCUUACCCGUGAGCACGCAACCAAACCCUUCCGGCCCACAAGCCACAGAGGUGACAGCCAGCGACCAGCAGCAAGGCCACCUGCUCAACAGUGACAUUGAGGAUCUCCUCCUGAGGAUACUGGACAAACAGGUGCUGACUUCACUGCAGACCAUGAAGUUAUUGACGUCCCUUGGGAAGACAGUGCGGGAGGAAGACUUGCGGAGGGCUGCCACGAGCCUGCUAGUGGCCCUGAACAAUGCAAAUGUGUCUUGGUCACAAACCAACUGAUACAGCUCAACAGUGUGGUAAACACAGGGGAAAAGCCAUCUCUUCCAAGUGCAUGGGGAAACAGAGCCAUGGGAAAUGCUAUUGUCAGGAUUCAAAGAAAAAGAUGGUAUCCUCUUGGAAGUAAAUGUAUUGAAAAGAUACCAUUCUCUCCUGUAAAAACUGUUUGCUCACCAUUAUUGGUGUUCGUUGUGUCAUUCAAGGGAUGUCAUAGGAGAAUGUUGGCUUUUCUUCAUUUAAGGGAGAUGCUCAUGCUUAAAAGCAUCAAGAGAAGAACUUUUGGAAACAUGAGUGUGAAUAUACAUACACAGAUACACAAGGGGUGUUCUGCAAGUGCAGAAAGGCCUUACCCUGCAAGGGAACUGCUGGUCCAGUGCUCUCCUUGUACUGGGGUUUGCACAUAGUUGAUAUCUACUUCUGAAACGUUGUUAUGAAACUCACAGGAUAAAUAUUCAUAUUGAGAGCCUCCUCUUGUCUCUCACAAAAAAUCAGUCUGAUUUAUAGGAACUUUGGCUGAAGUGCUGUUUCUUUUCUAAACACUGAACAUGCCUGUAAAUAAAACUGUGUGAAGCC